AGGCUGUGGGGCGGGACGCGUGGUUCCCGCAGAGGCCGCCGCAGCCCCGUCCGCAGCGCCCGACGCCCUCCCACGCCCACCCCGCCGGGACCCCCAGCGCCCCGCGCGCACCCACCGCCGCCCCGGCCCGCCGCUCCUCCCUCCUUCCCGGCUGGUUGGCGGGGGCGCCACCGAACGCUGCAGCAGGAGGAGCCGGGCGCGGCCAGGCAAAACCACCGCGCUAGCUGGUGGCGGGUGGGGUGCGCGGUCCCUGAGGCGGCGGUGACAGUGACAGCGGCCGCGGCGGCGGCGCCCGGCACGCACCCUCCCCCUAGUGCAUCCGCAUCCCGCCGCCUCCGCGCCUCUGAGCUGCCCGAGCCCCGCGCACGGCAGAGCCCCGCGCACAAUAGCUGCGGCCGCGGCUCGGACCUCCAGAGCCAGCCAUGGGGAAGCCGGCGAAGAAGGGGUACGACUGGAAGCGCUUCGUGAAGAACAACUGGCUGCUGCUCUCCACCGUGACCGCGGUGGUGCUAGGCAUCGUCAUAGGAAUCUUGGUUCGAGAAUUCAGCCAGCUCUCAAAUCUAGACAAAUUUUACUUUGCUUUUCCUGGAGAAAUUCUAAUGAGGAUGCUGAAACUCAUCAUUUUGCCAUUAAUUGUAUCCAGCAUGAUUACAGGCGUUGCUGCCCUGGAUUCCAAUGUAUCUGGAAAAAUUGGUCUGCGGGCUGUGGUGUAUUAUUUCUGUACCACCAUCAUUGCUGUUAUUCUAGGUAUUGUGCUGGUGGUAACCAUCAAGCCUGGUGUCAGCCAGGAAGUAGCUGACAUUGACAGGACGGGCAACACCCCUGAAGUCAGCACAGUGGAUGCCAUGUUAGACCUGAUCAGGAAUAUGUUCCCUGAGAACCUUGUCCAAGCCUGUUUUCAGCAGUAUAAAACCAACCGUGAAGAAAUAAAGUCUUCCAGUGAUUCCAACAGGAACACUACAGAGGAACCUGUCACCACCACCAUCAUGACAACGACGGCUUCUAAGAACAAAACAAAGGAAUACAAAAUUGUAGGCAAUUAUUCAGAUGGCAUAAAUGUCCUGGGUUUGAUUAUCUUUUGCCUCGUUUUUGGACUUGUCAUUGGAAAAAUGGGAGAAAAGGGACAGAUUUUGGUGGAUUUCUUCAGUGCUUUGAGUGAUGCAACCAUGAAAAUCGUUCAGAUCAUUAUGUGCUACAUGCCCCUUGGUAUUUUGUUCCUGAUUGCUGGGAAGAUCAUAGAAGUUGAAGACUGGGAAAUAUUCCGCAAGCUGGGUCUUUACAUGGCAACAGUCCUGAGUGGGCUUGCAAUCCAUUCCAUUAUCAUUCUCCCACUGAUAUAUUUCAUCGUUGUACGAAAGAACCCUUUCCGGUUUGCUUUGGGCAUGGCCCAGGCUCUACUGACAGCUCUCAUGAUCUCUUCCAGUUCAGCAACCCUACCUGUCACCUUCCGCUGUGCAGAAGAAAAGAACCAGGUGGACAAGAGGAUCACUAGAUUCGUGUUACCUGUUGGCGCCACAAUCAACAUGGAUGGGACUGCGCUCUAUGAAGCGGUGGCAGCUGUGUUUAUUGCACAGUUGAAUGACAUGGACUUGAGCAUCGGACAGAUCAUCACCAUCAGCCUCACAGCCACAGCUGCCAGCAUUGGAGCUGCUGGAGUGCCCCAGGCUGGCCUGGUGACCAUGGUGAUCGUGCUGAGUGCUGUGGGCCUGCCUGCUGAAGAUGUCACCCUGAUCAUCGCUGUCGACUGGUUCCUGGACCGGUUCAGGACCAUGGUCAAUGUCCUCGGUGAUGCUUUUGGGACUGGCAUUGUGGAAAAGCUAUCUAAGAAGGAGCUGGAGCAGAUGGAUGUUUCAUCUGAAGUUAACAUUGUGAAUCCCUUUGCCUUGGAAUCCACAAUACUUGAUAAUGAAGACUCAGACACCAAGAAGUCGUACAUAAAUGGAGGCUUCGCAGUAGACAAGUCCGACACCAUCUCAUUCACCCAGACCUCACAGUUCUAGAGCCCUGGCUCCGAUGACUGGGAUGCUGAAGGACAUCUCCACAAGGGUCAUCUCUUAAUGAAUUCAAACAUUUAGGAAAAGAAAAAACAGUCAGUUGUACAUUUAGUUUGAUAUACAGACCUCCAGCUUGUUUUAUUUUCUACAUUUGGCUUGAUAAGCCUUCACUGUCUGAGUUUCAAGAUUUGGGGUGGGAUAAGAUGGAAAAAAAAAGAUUCUACAAGGAAGUUGUAUUAUCUGGCUUUUAAAAUUCUGUCAGACAAAGUUUGGAAGUACAUAAAACACUGGAACUAGGUAACAGUGGAGGAGAAAUUGUUUUCUCGUGUAUAGACCAAUGUCUUGGGUUCUAGAAAAAAAAUUCUCGCAUUGACAACAAACUUUUACUCAGGCUUUAUAUUGGUGUGGAUUUCCUUUGACUUCUCACUUUUAUAGAUAAUAACGCAUCAAAACAACCCCAUCUAGUUAAUGUGCCAUACUUUCCAUUUUGAACUCAUCUCCAACCAAUUUUAAGUAAACUGCUUAAAAGAAAACCAGCCAGCACAGUUCUGAAAUAACAGUUUUAAGAUGAACAUAGGGUCCAGGGGUAAGGGAGGAUUCUUUUAUAAAUGUACUGUAUUGGGACACUGGUAACUGUUAACCCAGUGUUCAGCACAGAACUAUAUAUGUGUAUAUAAAUAUUUAUUAUUUUCAUAUAAUUUGCAAGACAGAGAUCAGAAUUGAACUGUCAAUGUGAAAAAUGACUUCUCCUUGUACUUGAAUAACUAUAAUUCCAACCCAAGUCUGCUUUGGGGUUUAUCAAAGACUCCUCAAGAGGAAAGACGAAUCAUGUUGUCAGAAGGUUUCGUGUCUGUGUAUCUUCCCUAAAGCAGAGGUGUAUUUUGGUGAUACUCCAGGAUGGCAAAGGCAUUCUAUUAGAACAUCCAGAUUCAAGCUGCCUGGAAGGAAUCCAUAGCAACUGUACCUAAGAUUACAUACAAAGGUGUCACUUCAAAAAGGUUGGCUGUGCUUGUGUCCAACUAGAAGACUUCAUUCUUCCAAGUUCACUUACACCCACUGAAAGAGGCCAGUAUUUUGCUGCCUUUGCACUUUUAUACCUAACAGGUCCCAGAUAACACUAGCAAGCUACCAGCUAAGUUGUAUUUUAAAGUACAUUCUGUUUUUGGUUGAAUAAGCUACCAUGCACACAAGCUGUUCUACCCUGAAUUUUUGUAGAGUUAAUCCCAUGACAUGAGACAUAGGUAUCAGUGGUUCAGGGGAAAUUCUUCUAUCCUAUGAUACUGGCCCAGCCUCCUCCAGAAAGGAUUGUUCUAACUUGUAAUCUUGAUCAUUAAAAUUUUCUGCUAGUCAUUCUCCUCUGAUGUAAUGAAUAUAGCUUAUUAGUUUGUGCUUUCAUCUUGUAAAUAAUGUUUAACAAUAAACUUAUACUUAGAUCCAAAAUAGUCAUUUCUGUAGUAAUGUGUACCCAGCUUAAACCUGUACUUUUACAUUUUAAAAGAAGCUAUAAAUUGUGCCAAAGAGAGCAGAAAAGUAAAUAAAUGCUCAGUACUGAUGACCUGGACCUGAAAUCUCUGAGGAAAGAUGCUCAAUUGACAUGUAAGCCUCAUAGUGAUCAUUGAUUCAAUGUGAGUUUAAAAUGCAAAUAGUAUGUUGUUUAUAGGAAAUAAAUCUAAAUAAUUGAAAUUGAAUCAAUAAUUUAUUUUGGGCUAAAUGGUUCUAUCCUCUUAUCCGGUGACUCUAAUCCAUGGCACUAGAGUUGGAAGAUCUCUUAAUGAAUGGCAGUUUAUCCUUAUUUCAGAGUUUGUAACCAGCCUUUUAACACAUUGUGCUGUUAAGUCAAAAGAGAAGAAUGUUCCAUUUCAGUGUCAAUAAAUAUGUCUUUCAUUCUUUCUUUC